UCCACCGUCCUUCUGCAGUCCAUAGUCAGUCUUAGUCGUGCUGUGCCUACCUAUACUCGUGUUCCCUGCUAAGUGCCUACACUUGAGUUACUUACCCUAAGUGCCUUCUCUACCGGAAACUUUACUCCAAUAGCCUACCUCAGUGUAGAAGUGCCUUGUGAAACAUGAUCCAGCUGGUGUUGACGUCAGCACUGCUGGCCGCCGUGUCAGCAUUUCCUCAGCAGUACUUCGCCCCGGCCGAGCUAUCCAUCAGCAUACAGCCGCCACCUCUGCAGCAACAGCAGUUCCAACCGUACCCGCAGCAGCAGGUCUUCCAGCGUCAGCAAGUCCAGCAAGUACCUCAGCAGAACUACGCUCAUCGCGCGGUCGUCGCGAACGCCCAGAGGGAGGCCCAGCUUCCUCCGCAUCUGCUGAACCCCUUCUACAAGAACCAGAGGAUCGCCUCCGCGCUGGCCAAGGAGAGUUGGUUCACCCCGGGCGAGAACCUCGUGGUCGACCGAGAGGCCGAGAAGAUCCCGAGGCAGAGGAUAUACUCGGUGCUGAAAAACGCGGGCUUUAUCAACCGUAGAAGAUGAGUGCGAAGUGUUCGUGAAGUUCAAAGUAACAUCUGACAUGUUUGAACAAAUCGUAAAACGUGUUCUAAAAUGUCACAUCAGGUUCUGACACGUAUUGACAUGACACGUGCAGCAAGUACAAUUCAUAACUUGUUCUGUUACACUAGUACAUGCCCCUUACUGGCAGCUGUGACACCUUCAAACAUGUUGUGAUUGAUUGCGGUGCACACCCGCAUGUUCUGACGAGCUACAAUAUGAUCUUCACGUUACAACGACAACCAGUCCGGACUGUAAAGUGAGGAUUGUGCUAAGUGUUUGUGAAGGUGAAGUGAUAUAACCAAAACAAAAACAAUUGUCAAUUGGUAACCUUCAGCAAGAGGCCUAAUUAAAUAUUUUCGAUUAGUUCGUAAUGUAAAUAUAGUUUUAUUGUUAAUAUGUAUUAAUAAACCGUUUAUUUUGUGA